AUUGUUGAAAAUCUGAAAUUAAUUGAUAAUGGGCUUCAUGAAGUUGAAGAAACUGUAGUUCGUAAUAUACUGUUAGGGAUAUUUGGUGAUAAAGUAGAUAUCAGUACGAUAAUCGAUAAACGUCGAAUGCAAGGAUGCCAAUCUUUUUAAAAUGAUUUGCUAAACUUACAACCCCAACCCAAAUUUACCAUAUCACCAUGGUCAAUAAAUAAUAACCUAUUUUUGUAUUAAAAUGUAUAAUAUGAAAAGGAGCAAGGCUUGCAUUUUGAAUUGGUAUGACCUGGCAUGCAGCACAUGGUCACAAAUGUGGACUGAUAAUUCAAAGUAUAAGCCUAUCCCCCUACCUCAACAAUUUUUGUAUAAACAUUAUGUAGCACUGGCUGUCCCCACUACACCAUUGGGCCGAACACAAUACAAAGGGGAGAGUGCAGUCAGGCUUCCUUGUUGAGAAGAAUACUGAGCCUCAUGGUAUUCAACUUAUUAAUCGAUUUGCAAUGGCAAAGUAUGAAUCCACUGAUCUGGUAGACCUCGCUAGAGAAAUUCAAAGGGCUGAUGUUCUUGUAAGAGCCACAGCAUGCAGCAAACUUCAGAUGAUAGCUGAACAAGUUCGUUUCCUGCAACAACAAGCCCACAAAGUUCUACUGGAAGCCAAAGAAAACUCGGAACUUCAUCACGCAGCCUGCAACUUCCGCAAGCUACCUGGCCACACCUACUACCUGUACAAGAGACCUUCUGGACAGCAUUACUUCUCCAUGCUCUCUCCAGAGGAUUGGGAAAGCAGUCGUGGAGGACCACCUCAUGUUUACGUAGGAGCUUAUCGAUUGGAGCAGGACCUCUCAUGGACACCUGAAAACAGGUUUCAGCAGCCGUCUCUUAUGGACAAGCUGUUCAGCAGCGAAGAUGUUAGCUUUUGACAAAGACACGGUGAAAGUAGGUCAGGUAUGACGUAGCAGCAAGAGGCCAUAAAUCAAAGCAUCUGAAUACUCCCAUAAUUAAUUUGGAAUGGAAAGCUGUCAUUGCUUCGAUAAUGCGACUCCUUGCACCUAUUACCAUGAUUAAGUUACACUGACUUAAAGUAACUAUGAAAUGUUUAUUUCAUUUAAAAAUAAGAAAAUUGUGAGAUACUGUAACCUGCUUGUUUUUAUUCUCACUUGCUUGUUUCUUUCAAGUUUCCUAGGUUCUAACAGAUACUAUGUACGUCCUUGUAUGUUACCAAACGCUGCUUGUUUUUAAGUUAUACGGUACUUACAAAGAUACAAGUCUUGAACUAAGAAAAAUUGACUAUGUACUUCAGUGUUGUUAAGUUGCAUUCACCCGGUGUGCUGCAAAAGAGAGAAAGCUGUAACGUACAAUACAAAAACAGAGGAAAGUAGACUAA